GGAGAAGAUAACAGAAAAAGAAAAAUUGGAAAGGAAGAGAAAAACAAGGGUUAAAAUGUCACCCACAGAAAAGGAAAGGCCAUAACCAUAUCAAAACCAUAAGGAACGCAAUUGGAUCUGCUAUUCGGAUUCUGCAACCUCCACAAUCUGAGUAAUCGAAUUCGAUGCGAGGCCACAAUUGGAUCAACACCCUGCUGCCGGACGAGUUACUCAUCGAGAUCUUCCGCCGCCUCGACUCGAAGUCCAGUCGCGACGCGUGUUCCCUCGUCUGCACGCGCUGGCUCCGUCUCGAGCGCCUCACACGCGCCGCCAUCCGAAUCGGCGCCUCCGGCUCCCCGGACCUUUUCAUUCACCUCCUCGCUGCACGUUUCUCCAACGUCACCACCGUCCACAUCGACGAGCGACUCUCCGUUUCGAUCCCUACUCACUUUCAGGGAAGAAGACGCGCGAGCGAGAAUUCCGCGGUGAAGCUGCAUUAUGUGGCUGAUAAAUACGGCUCUUCCUCUGACCAGAGCGAAUUCGAUUCGCUCUGUCUGUCUGAUUCUGGAUUGUCUGCUCUCGCCGAAGGCUUUCCCAAACUCGAGAAGCUUAGGUUAAUCUGGUGUUCUAACGUCACCAGCGAGGGUUUGUCAUCGCUAGCGAGAAAAUGCAUUUCUUUGAAGUCCUUGGAUUUGCAGGGUUGUUAUGUUGGAGAUCAAGGUUUGGCUGCUAUUGGACAGUGUUGCAAGCAACUUGAAGAUUUGAAUCUGCGUUUCUGUGAAGGAUUGAGUGACACAGGUUUGGUUGAAUUAGCAUUGGGUGUGGGAAAUUCGUUAAAAUCUAUUGGAGUGGCAGCUUGUGCGAAAAUAACUGACAUUUCAAUGGAAGCUGUGGGAUUACACUGCAGAUCUCUAGAGACCUUGUCAUUGGACUCUGAGUUCAUCCAUAAUAAAGGGCUGCUUGCUGUGAUUAGAGGAUGUCCACAUUUAAAAGUUUUAAAGCUACAAUGUAUUAAUCUAACAGAUGAUGCUUUGAAAGUUGUGGGAGUUAGUUGUUUGUCUUUGGAGAUGUUGGCUCUAUACAGUUUUCAGAGAUUUACUGAUAAGGGUUUGUGUGCUAUUGGGGAAGGAUGUAAGAAGUUAAAGAACUUGACUUUAAGUGAUUGCUAUUUCCUAAGUGAUAAGGGUUUGGAAGCAAUUGCUACUGGCUGCAAGGAACUCACUCAUCUUGAAGUGAAUGGAUGCCACAAUAUUGGAACUUUGGGACUAGAAUCUGUGGGAAAAUCUUGCCAGCAUCUCUCAGAAUUAGCAUUACUUUACUGCCAAAGAAUUGGUGAUGCUGGCCUUCUCCAGAUUGGACAGGGGUGCAAAUACUUGCAAGCGCUGCACUUGGUAGAUUGCUCAAGUAUUGGAGAUGAAGCCAUGUGUGGCAUAGCCAGUGGCUGCAAGAAUCUAAAGAAACUUCAUAUCCGUCGCUGUUAUGAGAUUGGGAGCAAGGGGAUCAUUGCUGUGGGCGAGAACUGUAAGUUGCUAACAGAUCUCAGCAUUCGAUUCUGUGAUAGGGUGGGUGAUGCGGCCCUUGUUGCCAUAGCUGAGGGCUGUUCCCUUCAUUAUCUUAAUGUUAGUGGUUGCCAUCAGAUUGGAGAUGCUGGAGUGGUAGCCAUUGCAAGGGGGUGCCCUCAACUCUGUUACUUGGACGUGAGUGUAUUACAGAAUUUGGGUGACAUGGCUAUGGUUGAAGUGGGAGAACACUGUCCAUUGCUGAAAGAAAUAGUACUCUCACACUGCCGACAAAUAACAGAUGUUGGGCUAGCCCAUCUUGUAAAAAGUUGCAGAAUGCUUGAGUCAUGCCACAUGGUUUAUUGUUCAGGUAUAACUUCAGUUGGUGUGGCCACCGUGGUUUCUAGCUGCCCCCACAUAAGGAAGGUCCUUGUUGAGAAGUGGAAGGUUAGCCAACGUACAAAGCGCCGAGCUGGUUCAGUCAUUUCCUAUGUGUGUGUGGACCUUUAGACCUUCUUCCGUAUCCAUGCAUAUCAUAGUAGGAGGCGUUUUUGUGAAUGUAUUUUCUUGUACAUAUGCUCAUACAACAGUCACAUUGGUGACUUCAUAGGACACUGAAGAUGUAGGAAUUCAUAGCCUUAGAUAAACAAGUGAUGCUUUUAGUAACUUCAUUUAUGUGUGUGUGUGUAUAGUUGAAGAAAUAUCAUGACUCUUUGUAUUGUUUAUUUCCAAAAUAACAAGUUUAAUCUAGAUAUA